GCUUUGGUCGGGGCGAACGAGGGCAGUGUGAGGGCGGUGGGCUCGCGCGGCGGCGUCAUGUCCUCCGAGGUGGCCGCCCGCUGCGACGCCAAGAAGUUGGUGCGCUCGCCCAGCGGCCUGCGCAUGGUGCCCGAGCACCGCGCCUUCGGCAGCCCGUUCGACCUGGAGGAGCCGCAGUGGGUCCCCGACAAGGAGUGCCCGCGGUGCAUGCAGUGUGACGCCAAGUUUGACUUUCUCACCAGAAAGCACCACUGCCGCCGCUGCGGGAAGUGCUUCUGCGACAAGUGCUGCGGCCAGAAGGUGGCGCUGCCGCGCAUGUGCUUCGUGGACCCCGUGCGCCAGUGUGCGGCCUGCGCGCUCGUGUCCCGCAGGGAGGCCGAGUUCUUCGACAAGCAGCUCCGCGUGCUGCUCAGCGGAGCCACCUUCCUCGUAAGUUUUGGAAACUCCGAGAACUCAGAAACGAUGGUUUGUCGUCUCUCCGGCAACCAGAGAUACCUGCUGCUGGACGGGGCCAGCCACCACGAGAUCCAAGUCACACACAUCGCCGCGGUGCAGGUCCUCACGGAGGGCUUCCCCGCUGGAGGUGAUGCGCCUGCCCCUCACGGGACGGAGGCGGGACACAGCAGGGGCUCCCUGUGGGCAGGGGGCGCCGCUCGCGCCACAGGCAUGUCCCUGCAGUUCUCGACACCAGGGGCGGAAAGCGUGGUCCAGCUGAAGCUGACUGCAGGGGAGGAUGCACAUGGCAGCAGGAAGCAGGCGAUGGCAUGGCUGGCAGCCAUGCACAAGGCCGCCAAACUCCUCUACGAAUCUCGGGACCAGUAACUGCACAGGCCAGCGGUCCGCGUGGACAUGGAGCCGGCUCGCUGCCUCGCCCUGAUCCCACGCGUGGUGGGAAGGCAACGCGAGACUGGAGGACAGACGUGUCCCCUUACCCAGUGCGAUUCGCCCGCGUUUAUUAACAUGCCGGCUUCCGGCUUCCGGCCGUUUUCCUGUUGAAGCCUCAGUGGGUGGAGGCCCAGCUACACUACCGCUAACUGUCUGUAGCAUAAUCUUUGCCACGUGUUUGAGUCCAGGUUUACUAGGAGGUUCUGGACCCUCCUCUUCGUGAAUUCUCACGGCGCCCGGCCCUGCAGCGGCCCCAGUGCCUGCGGGGGUCACUGACACUAACGCGGCUCUCAAGCCUCUGACACUUCACUGCGGGGAGGAGCGGCUGUGCUGUACUUUUCACUCCCCGUCUCACUUUAUUAGAACAAUUGUACAUCCGUUUGUAUGUAAAGCUUGAUUAAACCUAUUUUAACAAUA